UCAAAGCUGAAUGUUCUAACAUGACAAGACAACCAGAAAGAACUUCAAAAAGACCAGCAGGUUAUCGUUUUUUUAAGUCUCCCCAAUAUCAAUGGCAAAAUCCAGAGCAAUGGCUGGAAAAGGCUGGCAAGUUGAGAAUACUGUAAGGUUUAUUAUAUUAUUUCCCACGUUAGUAAUGGCCCCCAUUAGGGCAAAUCCAGAAAACAGACUUUUAGCUUACGCAUGCGGCAGCAACCCCCCCAAUAACCAGUCCCUCUUCGAGCAAAUUUCGGACAACGCGCUGGCGUCUGUGGUGAAAGAAGUUGGUCCAUCUGGAUUUGCCACAACAGACGAGGUGGCAUCUACAGAGACAACAACGGAUUCAAUAUACGUUCUGGCACAGUGCAGAAAGGAUAAGUCCUCUGUCGAUUGCCUUAACUGCAUAAAGCUUGCAGAGAAUCAAAUUCGCAACUGCUCUAGUGUGUCCGCCAAAGCAUUCUACGACGACUGUUAUCUGCGUUACGAGAAUGGCAAUUUUUAUGAAGUAUACACUGAUGCCACACAUAAACAGGUCUGCGGCACUGUCGACGCCACCGCUUCGAGUUUAUUUUCGGCAACCGGUCGAAGUUUGAUAAGUGAUCUUUGCACUGCAACUCCGCGAAUGAAAGAUUAUUUUGCUGCGCAGACGAGACAAGGGCCGUCUAAUACGACUAUCUAUGGACUUGCCUUUUGUCUGCUCUCCAUUAAAAGGGAUUCCUGCGAAAGUUGCCUCAGUAUUGCUCAGGAAAACAUAAAUAAGUGUUUUCCUAGCUCCGAGGGACGGGCUAUAGACGCCGGCUGCUACUUGCGAUACGAUUCCAAACCCUUUUAUCCAAGCAAUGCGACUAUCGAGUUGGCACAUUUCUUAUCCACAGGGAAAAAGAAGGUGAGUUCUGCAGUGUGGAUAAUAAUUGGUGUUGUGGGAGGGGUAUUCCUACUUGGCCUUUUAACUUAUCUCCAUGUCUUCCGGAAGCAGAAACAAGCGGAUAUUGAAGGAGCAACGGAACUCCGUGGGCCAGAGGAUUUUGAUUUCAAGAUACUGAAAAAGGCAACUAACAAUUUUGAUCAAGCAAAUAAACUUGGACAAGGAGGGUUUGGUGAAGUAUUCAAGGGUACGUUGAAAAAUGGCAAAGUUGUGGCAGUAAAGAAGCUGACAUUAGGUCGCUCUGUCCACCCAAUUUCUGAAUUCGAAAGCGAAGUGAAACUCAUUUCUAAUGUUCAUCACAGAAAUCUUGUGCGUUUACUUGGAUGUUGCAGGAAAGGCCAAGAAAGGCUUCUGAUUUAUGAGUACAUGCCCAACAGCAGCCUCGACAGAAUAUUAUUUGGAAAAAAUAAAAGACUUUUGAGUUGGAAGGAAAGAUUCAACAUUAUCUUGGGCACUGCUCGUGGUCUGGCCUAUCUCCAUGAGGAAUUUCAUGUCUGUAUUAUCCAUCGUGAUAUUAAAUCAAGCAACAUAUUACUUGAUGACAACUUUCAGGCAAAAAUAGCAGAUUUUGGGCUGGCAAGGCUUUUUCCGAAUGAUAAAACUCAUAUUAGUACAAGAUUUGCAGGAACCCUAGGAUACACGGCUCCCGAAUAUGCUGGCCAAGGAAAAUUAACAGAGAAAGCUGACACCUACAGUUUCGGAGUGGUGGUUCUUGAAAUUAUCAGCGGCAGAAAAAGCAUUGACUUGAAGCAACUACCUCAUAUGCAGUAUCUGAUUCAAUGGGUUUGGAGUCUAUACGAAGAUAACAAGAUUUUAGAGGUAGUGGAAAGUGAAAAGGAGAUGGAAGGGUAUAGUGAAGAAGAGGUGUUGAAGGUGAUAAACCUUGCGCUUUUAUGUAUACAAGUUUCUGCCAAACAUAGGCCAUCAAUGUCCGAGGUCGUGACACUCUUAAGUAAAGAUGAAAUUGAUUUUCAGAAAAAUCAUCUCCAACCAACAUUCGUAGAUGUGGGGUACAAAGCACAUGGAGAAAGUUCCACAUCUUCAUCUCAAGCUAAUGCAACGAUUACAGAGUCCUUUAGUGCUCGUUAACAUAGUAGCGUGAUAGGAUGGAUUUAGCAUGAUAGGAUGGAUUGUCAAAUUCUAACCGAUUAUAUAGUUCCUCCUUCCUAUUUUCAAAUAGGAUUUAAAUGUGACAAUAUAUAGUUUUUCAUUCUCUCUUUAAAUAUAAUUUUAUUUUUUAAA